AUGCGUCUCCUCUUAAUGCCUCCAACCCGUGAACUUAACAGUGGGAAUAACAAGUGUGACAUCCUGAACAAACUUAUAUCGGUUGUUGUGACUAUUGAUCCAGCUAUUGCUAGUGAUAUGGCAGAUAUUUUAGAGACUUACAAAGUUCCAGUGCUAUUGCCAUAUAUGACUUGCAAGGCUCCAUCAAUAAAAUGCAGCAUCCAAGAUCCUAUCCCGAUUGAUCACAAAUAUUUCCAAUCAGGUGACCUAAUUGUUGGUGCCAUCACCUCUUUUGUCUUCACAACUAGAAAUGCAGAAAGCUUUGAGGAAGAUCCUCAUCAUACUCUUCUAAGUGAAUCUCUAGUCCUGACUAAGUAUUAUCAGCAUAUUUUGACUAUGAUAUUUGCUGUGAAGAAGAUCAAUGAAGAGCACCAACUUUUAGCUAAUAUCACCCUGGGUUUCAGGAUCUGUGAUAGGUAUGCUGGCUAUCAGGCCAAAAUGGAAUUUUUCUCCAGUCAGAACAGAUUCAUUCCCAAUUACAAGUGUGGCAACUUGAACAAACUUAUAUCGGUUGUUGGGACUAUUGAUCCAGGAGUCUCUUUGGUAGAUUUUUUAGAUACUUACAAAGUCCCACAGCUUCACUUCUUUUUGAAAAGAGUCUCAUUUAACAACAGUGUUGGGGAUGAAAUUUCCUUUGAUCAUAAUGGAAAAUUGAUUACAGGACUGGAGAUUGAGAACUGGGUCACCUUCCCCAACCAGUCGUUCCAUCGAGUGAAAGUUGGGAAGCUGAAUCCCUGGGCUGCUGAAGACAAAAUGUUCACCAUCCAUGAGGAAGCCAUCAGCUGGCCCAGCACUUUCAACCAAAUUUUCUUAGAACUGCCACAAAAAGCAGAAGCAGAUAGCUUGCCCACCAACAAUACAAGUGGAUCUAAUACAAUAGUAGUCCAGCAGAAAGUAAAAGCAAAAUUGAAAGUCCUCAAAAACCAGACCAUACCUGUUUCUGUGUGUACUGAGAGCUGCCUACCUGGAUAUUUUAAGAAAAAGCAGGAGGAGAAGCCUUUUUGUUGCUAUGAUUGCCUCCCAUGUCCCAAAGAGAAAAUGUCCGGCCAGAAAGAUAUGAAUGACUGUUUAAAAUGCCCCGAAGAUCAAUAUCCAAAUAAGGACCAAGAUUCAUGUAUUUUGAAGAAAAUAUCUUUCUUGUCCUAUGAAGAGCCAAUAGGAAUAAGUUUAGUUACUCUUGCACUUUUCUUUACUCUCUGCACAACUGUGGUACUCGCAACAUUUUUGAAGUAUCACAAUACUCCCAUUGUAAAGGCAAAUAACCAAAACCUCACCUACCUUCUACUCAUCUCCCUCAUCCUAUGCUUCCUUUGUUCAUUGCAGUUUCUUGUUGUACCAGGUAAUAUAAUAUGUCUUUUCAGACAAAUUAGCUUUGGUAUCAUCUUCUCAGUGGCUGUUUCUUCUGUUUUGGCAAAAACCAUCACUGUGGUUCUGGCUUUCAUGGCCACUAAGCCAGGAUCCAGGAUGAGGACAUGGGUGGGAAGAAGACUGGCUACCUGCAUCAUUCUUUUUGGUUCCCUGAUUCAAGCAGGUAUCUGCAUGGUGUGGCUCUUCACAUUUCCCCCUUUCCCUGAAAUUGAUACCCAUUCAGAAAUUGAGGAACUCAUACUGCAAUGCAAUGAAGGCUCAGCUGCCAUGUUCUACUGUGUCCUAAGUUACAUGGGCUUUCUGGCAACUGCCAGUUUCACAGCAGCAUUUUUCUCCAGGAAGCUCCCCAGCAAUUUCAAUGAAGCUAAAUAUCUCACCUUCAGCAUGCUGAUCUUCUGCUGUGUGUGGCUCUCUUUUGUUCCGUCCUACCUGAGCACCAAAGGGAAAUACAUGGUGGCUGUGGAGGUUUUCUCCAUUUUGACUUCUACUGCUGGAUUGUUGGUCUGCAUAUAUUUCCCCAAAUGUUACAUAAUUAUUGUUAGGCCAGAGCUAAACAAGAAGGAACAAUUAAUAAAGAGAAAAUAUUAA